CACAAUCCGAUCUCCGAAUUUCCUCCUGGACUGUUUGAGAACAUGACGAAUUUGACGAAUGUCGAUGCCUCCCAUUGCAAUCUGGGACCGAUUUUGUCCAACGGUUCCUUGUCAUUCCAGAGCGAAGUCUUGACUGAGGUUGACCUCCAGCAGAACAACAUUGUCAGAUUGGAGCCUGGAGCCAUUGCAGGUCUCGCAGGUAGUACAUGGGUGUAUCUUAGCGACAACAAUAUCACAGACUUGACGGAAGACUCCUUCUUGCCCAUACUUGAGGCCAUUUCCCAGGGGGGAGAUGGGCAGCUUAUUCUUCAGGGGAACCCAAUCCAGUGUGAUCCCUGGCUAGUACUCCAUCCGGACUCCGAGAAGUUCAUGCAGACGCUGCAGGGUGUAGAUUGCGGAAGGGCUUUCAAGGGACCGUUGGAAGAGUAUGGUAGACCUUAA